AGUGUUGUGCGACUGUAUGGAGAGCAAGAAUCUGACUUGUUCAUUGACUGGACCAUUUCCAGUAUCAUCUACGCGGCCAGAGAAAAAUCAGCACCCAACUUGAUGGACAAGAAUUGGUCAUCUCAUACCAUUGUUUGUAUAUUUAUGCCGGCAUCGCAGUGCGUCUUCUAUCUGCAAACAGAGUGCAAAGUUUGAGUCUUUGAGAGUAGAGAGAGUCCGGAAGAACCCGAGGUGAAAAUUGAAAAGAAUGAACAAGAUCAAGAAUAAAUUUGAAGAUGGAAAGGAGCUGUUAUGGAAGAAGGUCGACCCAAAAGAUCUGAAACCUGGCGAUCAUAUCUACGCUUAUAGGAUGUGCGGCUCUUAUACUCACCAUGGAAUAUAUGUGGGAAGCGGUCGUGUGAUUCACUACACCAGCACAGACAACAAGAAUGGCCUCCUCUCACCUUCCGAGGUCAAACCAAAAACUGCGCCCACCUGUCCAGAAUGUGGGUACCAGGAAAACACUGGCUGCGGGGUCAUUAAAACGUGCCUCGAUUGCUUUCGUCAACACAAUGGGACGCUUCAUUCCAUCCAUUUUUUCAAGUAUGGUGCACCGCGAUGGGGCUAUCUCCUGAAGAUUGCGGGAACUUGCAGCAACCUUUCUUGUGACAAAUCCCCUGAAGAAGUAGUCGAAGUUGCUCAAAAGAGUCUCAGGAGCAAUGGAUUUGGUACUUACCAUGUUAUUGAUAAUAAUUGCAAACAUUUCGCCACUUACUGUAAGACGGGUGUAAGUGCCAGCGAGCAGGCGGCAUUUUAUGAUGGCUUUGCGAAGAAGUGCAGAGAUGCUAAAGAACGUAUCAAGAAGUUUGUCGAGUAGUCUAUUUCCAUUAUCGACAGUUGCUUACGCUAAGAAUGCGUGCACUCUGGCAUUAUAUUAUAUAAAUUUGAUAUACUCUAUCCAAAUCAA